UGGAAGGAUAUAUUGAGUGAAAGGUGCUGGCACCGGAAGUUCGUGGCGUUUUAAAGUCUUCCCGUCAGGCUGUGCGGUACCAACAUGGCGGCGCCCAUCCCGAGUUUGGCGUUACGAGGUACCCAGGGGGUGUCCCUACUGGAGGGGCCUCCUGCACUCAGAGUCAACCAGGCAUUCAGAAGGGAUGACAGUCGUGCCUGUAAAGUCAUGGCCUUCAGUCCAGAUGGCAGUUUGUUUGCUUGGUGCAACGGACAACAGGUGACUGUGGUUCGACUGCCCAGUGGGGAGGUUGUGCACCAGAUGGAAGAGCAUCCCCGGGUCGUGGGUAUCCUGUUCUCACCCCUCAGCACCUACAUGGCUACCUGGGAGGUCAUCGUAGGUAAAGGUCCUCCGUACCCCAACCUGCACCUGUGGGACAUGAAGACAGGACAGAAGGCCAAGAGUUUUGUCCACAAGAGACAGACAGACUGGGAGCCCCAGUGGACAGAUGAUGAGGCUCUGUGUGCACAUGCAGUGAACGAGAUCCACCUGUUUGAGAAUGGAGACUUCAGUCACAUAGCCCGGAAACUAGACGUCCAGAAGGUGGCAGGCUACAGGCUGUCCCCAGGCCCUCCCCCUCACAAGAUAGCCGUGUAUGUGCCUGGCCAGAAGGGAGGUCCUUCCUUUGUCCGUGUGUUCAAGUGCCCAGACUUUGCCACACCCCUGGCCAAUAAGAGCUUCUUUAAGGCAGACAAAGCAGAUAUCAGGUGGAACAAGAAAGGAACUGGACUGCUGGUUCUGUGUGCCACAGAGGUAGACCAGACAGGACAGUCUUACUAUGGAGAACAGAACCUGCACUACAUCGGGGUGGAUGGAGUCAGCAGUAUAGUACAGCUGUCUAAGAAUGGCCCCAUCUACUCUACUGACUGGAGUCCUGACUCAACAGAGUUCUGUGUGGUAUAUGGAUUCAUGCCUGCCAAGGCCACUAUCUUCAACCUGAAGUGUGAGCCUGUGUUUGACUUCGGUACAGGACCCAGGAACCUGUGCUCUUACAACCCACAGGGCAACAUCCUUGCCCUUGCUGGCUUUGGCAACCUUCGAGGCAACAUAGAAGUCUGGGACAGAAGAAAUCUCCAGAAGAUAGCCUUGGUGCAGGCUCCUGACACCACCUACUUUGCCUGGUCCCCGGAUGGCGUCCACUUUGUCACAGCCACCACAUCUCCCAGACUAAGGGUCGGCAAUGGCUAUAAGAUCUGGCACUACACCGGGCACCAGCUGGAUGAGAAGGGGCUGGGGAUGAAUGAUGAGCUGUGGGAGGUUGCCUGGCAGACGUAUCAGCCAGGUGUGUUCCCCGAGACACGGCUGUCCUACCAACCGGCCAAGGCAGCGGCUCAGCAACAAGAAGCCAAACCAGCAGUGUAUCGCCCCCCUGGUGCACGAGCCCUCGGUCACACCUCACCAACCAAACUGCAUGAAGAGGAGCUGCCACAGAACGAACGAAUGGAGAACAAAGAUGAAAACCUUUCCAAGGCAGCUCUGAAGAACAAGAAGAAGAGAGAAGCAAAGAAAGCAAAACAACAACAGCAGCAACAAGCACCAAUGGAUGCUCGUAGCCAGGAGCAGAGGGAUGCUCUCGCCAUGGCCACACACAUCCUGGGUACCCCGCCCCCUUCUGUCACCAGUACAGUGGUUAGUGCUGACUCAGAGAAGAAAAUCAAAGGACUCAAGAAGAAACUGAGACAAAUAGAGCAACUUAAGGAGCAACAAAAGUCUGGGAAGAAGCUGGAAUCAAACCAGCUUGAGAAGAUAAAGGGAGAAGCUGCCUUACUAAAGGAACUUGAAGAGCUAGAACUGGGCAGCUAGCAACACAAGUCUAGUAUAGACGGAUAGUGUUGACACCACUAGUCUAGUUUUGCACUGAAGGCCUUGAGUCCAGUUUAUUUGUUUUACAAGACAUCCACAUGUACUCUCAUUCUAUUGCAGUGUUGUGGAUGCUUUAUGUAUCAAAAUGCUCUCAUAACCCUAACUUUUGUUUUUGAAAGAUAUGUAUCCUCCUUUCCACCAUUUAGAUUGAAUAGCCUAAACAAGAGAGUGUAAAAAGACUAAAAGAUACAGCCUAAAAGGCUUGGUAUGGAUGAUUGUAACUACUAAACUUGCCAGAGAGGAAGGCUUUGUAAAAACAGUAACUUCACCUAUAGCUAUAUAAAAAUACAUGUAAGAUGAAUGCUUUAUAUGGUACAUAGUAUAGCUGUAAGGCAGGGAAACAUGUUAAUUACAUAUCAUGGUUUUGCCUCUACUAAAGGAGUCCCACAAAUUUAAAGGCAAGCACAUACAUGUAUACUGAUCUAUUCUUCAUAUCUAUUAGAUCAUGAUUAUUCCAAACAUUUUCAGCUUAUUUUCUGUUGCAUAAACAGGAAAUAAAGAAAUCUUCUCGUGACAAGAAACAAUUUUGUACAUUUUUUCCUUUGAAGGCACAGAUCCAUUCACAGUAAACAAGUACAAAUGUAACUAAACCGACAGUAGUCCAACAUGCAAGGAGAAAACUCACUUCUGUACAUUAUGAAUUGGAGCUUUGGAAAUGUAGUACUUUACUGUACUCUUUGUAGUACAUAAGAGUACUAGCCAAUUUGUCUUUGAGCUCAAAGUUUUCUUGUUGUUCCGGACUUGCCAGCUCAAAAACCAUGCUCCGCUCUCGUCUCAGUUGUCUCGUCUUCCCUCAGUGUUUGAAUCUCGUCUUUCAGCUGAGACACGUAACUAUAACUUCUCUGCUGCAGUUUGUUCUGACUUCCCCUGCUAACCAGCUUGAACUUUUCCAGUUGCAUUCCUGCUAGUUUACCAGGAAGUGUGUUGACCUUUAUGUUUCAGCUGCUGGUAGUCUUCCUUCAGUGUGUGAUUUGCUUCUUCAUGAUAUGUGAUAUACUCGAGAUCUUUCUCAAUUUUAGGGAGACUUGUCGGCUUUUCUCCCAACUCAAAGUCUUCUGGAUUCAUUGUUUCUAAAUCUUCACAACUGAUGUUGCAGCAUUGUUCAUGGCAAUCAGCCUUGGCCCUUAAGGCUUCUGAAUCAUCUUCAUGCUUCUGCUUUGCCUUUUUCCUCUCAUUUUUCGAUGUCUCGUGAAUGAAGGAUGC